AUGGAUCUCUCUACACUCGAAGGCCCCCCGAUCCACAACCCCCGGCUCGCCAACCGGGCCUGCAACAUGUCUGUUCCUCAGAUACACCUCGACCAUGCCUUCUUCAUCAGUCCAGAAACUGAGGGAUUCCACCUCCUGCAAAGACCUGCGUCCGCCGACGCUCAUGCCCUUCCUCGCCGAACAAAGUAUCUCAACCCGGCCUGCAUCCGCCACACUGCACGGCCCCGGCUUCGAGUCGACGCAGGCCCAGCCGUCGAGCUCGACUCUACGGUCCGGUCUAGCCCCAGCCAUAAUCACAGUCACAGACACAGUCACAGUCACGGCCACAGUAACUCAGAUCUCUCCAGCUUCUCGUCGACGCGGAGCCGUCCUCGCCGGCUCACAUGGGUCGAAAGCGAGAGUAUCUGGGUCGUCACCAGCCCCUCCGCCGGCUCCCCAACUGCUUCAUCGACAUGGGGCGACGUAAACUGGUCCGCGGCCGCCUACCGCCCACCUCCACUGCAGCAUUCUCGAUCAAUGGACAUGACUCUUGCCCAUGCGCAGGCCCACCCGGAGCCGGACGACCUUCCACCCCCGUACGAACGGCAUUACUUUGACAGACCUCUUCCUCCUCUCCCGCCGGAGGCAGAGAUGGAUCCUUUGCUUGGAGGCAGUGCCUAUAGCCAGAGUACAGGUAUAGAUUCAGGUCACAGUCACAGUCACAGUCGCAGUCACACUGGCGCCUCGCGAUGGACGGAGAUCGCGCGGCGGAUGAACCGGACUCCGCUUGGAUGA